AUGCUCAUCUAUUUCAGCGUUCGUGGUUGUUCUUCAAUUGGUGUUCUGACGGUUGUGGGCACGGGUACAUGGAGUUAUCUGGGUUUCCACAUCAGGUUCGUAGGAGGUCAUUUCGGACUACUGCAAUGCAAUGGCCAUGUAGCGAAGCCAAUGAAUACAAGGGAACUCGCCUUUUACGAGCUGAUGGGCGAAAAUUUGAGGAGAUUUGUGCCGGACUACUGUGGUCGCGUCAGAGUAUGUGCUACCGUGGACGAUGACGGUGAGCUGCAUCUGGUAGCUGAACCGGUUGUGGAGUGCCAUCCAAAGCUGAAGAGAUCUGGCUCGGUCCGCUUCCGCAUUGGCGAUUCAGGCAGAGUUGAGGUGAUCACGGAUCGCGUGCCGAACAACUAUUGGGCAGCUGAGUGUCAAAGCAAGGUGGUUCAUAAGCUGCUUGAGGGCUCCUAUUCAUGGUUCAUUCUGCUCAACAACAUAGUGGCAACAUUUUCGAGACCAUGUGUUGUAGAUCUCAAGAUAGGAACCAGGCAACAUGGAGACGAUGCAUCUGAGUCCAAGCGUCAUCGUCAGCUAAGAAAAUGUCGUGAAUCGACAAGUGCGACGUUAGGAGUGAGGAUGGUUGGAAUGCAGUUGUAUGAGUCGAGAACGAAGGUGCUGUUUCAAAUUUCAUUUUCUCAUGUAUUUUCUAUAUUUUUUAUUUAUAGUCCUAUACGUUUUGUUGAUAAACAAGAGGGUCGACGGAUAGACGCGGCCCAAUUUCGCCUUUACCUCCAAAAGUUCGUUCGCACUUGUGGAAUCGGACGAGCGGCUCGCCUCAGGCAUAGACUGCGAGAGUUGAGAGCGACGUUGAUGGAAUGCGUCGGCUACCGCUUCUUCUCGUCAUCGUUGCUGUUCGCAUUCGAUGCCGACGCGGCAGAUUCGACUACAGACGAUGCAAUACGGUUACGGCUCAUCGACUUUGCCCAUUCAACUCUGCCCGGAUUUGCGCAGGACAUCGCUUAUGAGGGAGUGGAUGAGGGCUGUAUCCUUGGCCUGGACAGCAUUCUAGCCGCCAUCGAUGUGACCCCAUGUCCACCUGCAGCGCCACCGAAUCCAGCGGCGGCCACGACACCACCGCCUCCGUGA